AUGAGUCUAAGAGUAAUACCUUAUCAAAUACGAACAUCGGCUACUACUGAUCUUAAUCAACAAUUUCGACGUUCUCAUAGACAUGCACCACUUCGUCCAUUAACUGCGUUGAUACCUGUGGAAUUUUCACUACCACUUGAAAUUAAUACUCGAAGUUUACGAAAUCGACAAUCUAAUUUAUCAAUAUCCGAUGAUGUAGAACAACGACUAUUUCGGAGACAAUCAUUAUUAUCAUCGCCUUCUUUAGUAAGAGAAGAUAUUCGAAGAAUAAAUACUGAAAUCAAUCGAAAUUCGCCAUUAUCAACAAAUAUUUUUGAUCAUCGGCUUCGCCAACGUAGUCGCUCAAAUGCCAAAUAA